UCCAAAAACGUGACUUUUAUCCCCGAAACAUACCGCCGAUUUGUUCUUCAACACCACCUCUAUACAAUUUUCUGUCAAUCGCUCAGAUUUCAAAAACCCUAGCACCUCAUUCGCUCAGAUUUUAUUGCACCGAACCCGACACAGCAGAACCAGAAGAAGCCAUAGACUGAGCAGCUGCAGACUCUGGCCGAGGCUGUGCAGAGGCCGAGCUUUGGGGUGGUCCAGGCCUUGGUCCUGGUCCGGGGUCGGGGCGUUGAGGGUAUGGCUGAGCACCCGGUGGCGAACCAUGAUGAGCCAUCGGGCCGCGGUGAUGAUGGUAAGGCGGGUACUGCUGGUAAGGCGGUGGCAUAUACCCGAAAGGAGGUGGAGGGUACCGGAAAUGCCCAUGCGGUGGUGGUGGCAUUGGCAUUGGCAUUGGGUGAGAGGACGAAGCUCCUCUGUUCUCGCCGCCGAUGGAAGUUGACUGGUCUUAUGAUUCUAAAGAUAAAGUUUAUGUGUACCUUCUCUUGAAUAAUUUUCUUUUGAUUAGCAUCAAUCCGUUUGUAUAUUCCGUGUCUUUGGUAGCAUUUAUAGCCUACAUGGUUGAAGGAAACAAAUGGUGUCCGGACAUGGAUUCAAAGAGUUCCAUCGAACUGAGUGUGAGCUUGGACACCAAGGUUACCCCUGAUGCACGCUGAAUCUGUUCCAAGCAUCUAACCUGAACGAUGAGCAAUCGGGUUCAAAGAAUUGGGGUCGUACAUGCAUGAGAAAACCACAUAGGAGAGGAGCGAUGGCGAUGGAGAAGCCUUCGACGAGCUCUAAGUGUAGAACGCAGUUCUGGUACAUCGCUGUGGCCUCUUUCCUUCUUUGGAUUUUCUUGCUUUACCUCUUCAAUUCCUCCGCCGCUACGGUUCGUAGCCACGAGAGAUUGUUCAGAGAGGAUGCCACGGAUUUCACAGUUUCAGAACCCGAGUCAGAUCCCGUCCCUGUCGUGUCCCGGGAGAAUCCGCCUGAACAGAACGAUAAUAGCACCGUAGAGAAUACGAAGGUUUCCGGAGAAACCGGAAAGGAUCAGACAUCCGAGGAUGCUGAGGUUGUGAAUGAUAUUGUGGAGGAACUCGAGAAGGAAAAGGCUGAGGAUGAGAAGAAGGGAAGUGACUCGGUUUCUAGAGGGACAAAUCAGGCAGGAGAUCGAGAUUCGGCUGUGGCCAAAGAGAGGGAAUCGCGAAAAACGAGAUCUUGGGACAGAUUGGAGUCAGAGAGGAAAAGGGCGAGCGAUGAUGAUCAGGAAAAUCGGGAGGAUACAAAUGAUAGUGACGGGAAUGUGGCUGCAGAGGGGAAGCAAACGCGAAAGGGGAGUGUGAAUCGAUCAUUUCAUAAGGCCAUUGAUGAGGAGCAGAGCUUUUUCGACACUAAUAACGAGAUGGAAUUGCAAAAGGAUCGAUCUGAUAACGUAUUGGAGGAGGCAGAAACCAGCAUGGAACAGCAGAAUGAUCAGCCAGACGAAGUUUCUAAGCCUGAGAGAGUUUCCGAGUCCAAGAAUGAUUUCGGACGGCAAAAAACUCGAUCAGAGAGAGUUUACGAGUCCAAAAGCAGCAGUGAACUGGGGAAAGAUGGGUCUGAGAACAUGUCCGAACCCAAAUACGACGGAAGACCGCGUAAAAACAGAGUAGAGAUAGCUUCCGCAGCCAAAAACAGCUCAAAAUCCCGAAAUCCCCGACCAAAGAGAGCCCCAAACGUCAUGGUAAGACCAAGAACAACUCGCCCUAACGAUCCAUGUGCAGGAAAGUACGUAUACAUCCACGAAAUUCCCGAGUUAUUCAACGAGGAACUCCUGAAAAACUGCUGGACACUGAGCCGGUGGACUGACAUGUGCGGACUGACAUCGAACCUAGGCCUCGGCCCUCGUCUUCCCAACAUGGAAGGCGUGUCCGGAUGGUUCGCCACUAACCAGUUCACUUUAGAAGUGAUAUUCCACAACAGGAUGAAGCAGUACGGAUGCUUGACCAAGGAUUCGUCCUUGGCCUCUGCCAUUUUCGUCCCUUACUACUCCGGUCUCGACGUUAUGCGUUUUCUCUGGGGACCGUUCCCGUACAUGAGAGACGCAGCAGCUCUCGACCUGAUGAAGUGGCUGAGAGAGAGGCCGGAGUGGCGGAGAAUGGACGGCCGAGAUCAUUUCAUGAUCGCCGGAAGAACUACUUGGGAUUUCAUGAGAACUCCUGAGAAUGAAUCCGAUUGGGGGAAUAGGUUGAUGAUACUGCCGGAACCGAGGAACAUGACGAUGUUACUGAUCGAAUCGAGUCCAUGGAACUACCACGGAUUCGCGAUCCCUUACCCGACAUACUUCCAUCCGUCGACAGACGCCGAGAUUCUCCAGUGGCAGAACCGUAUGAGAAGGAUCAAAAGGCGAUACCUCUUCUCCUUUGUCGGAGCCCCACGUCCAAAUCUAGGAGACAGCAUCCGGACAGAGAUCAUGGACCAAUGCAAAGCUUCCAGAAGAAAAUGCAAGCUUCUAGAGUGCGUUUCAGGUUCCCAAAAAUGCUACAAACCAGACCAGAUCAUGAAGUUCUUCCUGAGCUCCACGUUCUGUCUCCAGCCGCCAGGCGAUUCCUACACGAGACGGUCCACGUUCGACUCAAUCUUAGCCGGUUGCAUACCGGUUUUCUUCCACCCGGGAUCGGCCUACGCCCAGUACAUAUGGCAUUUGCCAAAGGACAGAGAGAAAUACUCGGUAUUCAUACCGGCGAACGAGGUGAAGGGAGGGAAGGUGAGCAUAGAGAGGGCGCUGAGCAAGGUGCCAAGGGCGAAGGUGGUGGCCAUGAGGGAAGAGGUGAUAAAGCUGAUACCGAGAGUGAUGUACUUCGACCCGUCGUCGAAGAGGGUGGGAGGGUUCGAGGACGCGUUCGACGUGGCGGUGAAGGGGGUGUUGGAGAGAGUGGAGGGGAUAAGGGGGAAGAUGGAGGAAGGGGCGGAGGAGAUAUUCGAUUUUCCGGAGGAGUUUUCGUGGAAGUAUAAUGUGUUUGGGCACGUGGAGAAGCAUGAAUGGGAUUCAUAUUUUGAUAGGCCUUAAUGAGUGAGUGAGAGAUGUGAUGAUGAUGAUGAUGAUGAUGAUGAUGAGGACAUGUAAUGCAGUAUGUGUGCUUUUGUGUUUUUGUGAGAGAGGAGACGCAAUGUAGAGCUUUGAGGCUAGAGAUACUGUUAGUGU